UGAAAGUACACAUGUAUAUUAGAUAAUUUGGCUUAUUAUCAGUCUAUAAAAUGUAAGCAAACUGCAUGAAUCAGUUCACAAUUUUUCACCAUCUAACAGGAGAAUAGAACAGCAGGAAUGAUUUACAUCUUCAUAAUUUCUUUGAUGUGUGUUGUGUUCGAAGUUAAUGCUUACAAAGCGAGUUUAAAAGUUCCUAAAGUUGAUGGAAAAUGCAAGAUUAAUGGGAAAUUGUUUACACCUGGAGAAGAAUAUAUGGAUGAACAAAACUGUGAAGUAUGGACUUGUUUGAACAGUUCACCAAUAAGAAAUGGUAUAGUUGAUAUGGAACAUGCUAACGUCGAUGUAUCAGGAUGCGGGACAGCAGUGAUGAUGAUCGAUGAUGAUACUGUUUGCCGCUAUAAAAGCACCACAGGAAAAUAUCCGGAUUGCUGUUUUGGAGAAUUAGAUUGUAACAAGGAAGAGUAUAACAGUAUAUUCGAUUCCAAAUAAAUAUAUCUAAAAUACAUGUUAAUGACCAAACAGAAGGUACUACGGUAUGUCUUAUAUAAACUUAAUUCUAAUGUCUUAAAGAUAACAUGUAUACUAUGUAAUGUUGAGUAAAAUUAUUCAUCAAAUAUUCAAUAAACGUUAUUAAAACCGA